UUGGACCUGAUGGUUCCCGUCGCCCUGCUGGUGCUUCUUGUGGCUGUGGAUGGAUGCAGUGGUGCCGCCAAUAGCCUGUUCACACCAGCUGGGAAUGCCACAUCGUCAUCUAACCUCAGUCUGAGUCGCUCGAAGCGAGUGGCACUCUUCGAUGGUCAAGGCGUGCUCAAGUUUGUCUGUGGAAUAGCGUAUCCCAUUCCGCAGGAGGACACUGUGCUAUCUGUUUGGGGUUUCGUCAACUACCAAAACCAAUUCACACCCCCACCUGCGCCCAUAUAUUGGUGGAGUUUCUGGAAUACCUCAACCUUUGAGUCCGUGGCCAGGGAGUGGCGUACAGAUAUGCAAACACAACUUAGACAGGACAAGACCCGCACUUGGCUGUACGAUGUCAUUGAAACUACCUUGGAACAAUUGGACGCCGAAAACGGUGGAGUGUGCCUGCUGAGAAGCAUCUGCGAGAUAUCUCAAAGCCCCUUCCAGCAGAGCAACAUUUUCAGCGAGAUACUGAAUGCGGUCUUGGUACCUCCCUUGGAUAAUGUGGCAGGGAAGUAUCUGCAUGCCAGGGACGGGGGACGUGGUGGCGCUGAUUGUCGGAGGACCUACAGCGAUUGCAGCAAUAAACUCUGGAGCCGGCUGAACCAUAUAUCUAAGAUUUCGCUUUGAGAACAGG